ACCCAGGCGACCGGCGAGAGAGCGAGAGCGAGAGAGAGGGAGAGAGAGAGAGAGACGGAGAGAGACAGAGAGGAAAAAAGCCGAUAACUGAGGGGAAAACAAACGGGGAGAGAGUGAGAAACAGCUAUGAAAUUCAUUCAAGCCGUUUGCGUAAUGCUCCUCUGUCCCGCCUUGAGCCUCCACACCAGACAAAGCUAUGAGGGGCUGGAGAAGAAGCUGAGGGACGUCUUCAGUGAAAGAAGUAGCAUCCUGCAUCAACUCUCGAAGACAUCAAAGGAGCUGGACAGCAUAAAAGGCAACCUUCAGUCUCUGAAAAAUGAUGACUCAGUGGCCAAGAAAGAUGUUCAGAGGAUUUUGGAGCUUAGCCACAAGCAGAGGGAGGAGAUGAAGUCCCUCCAGGCAGCCUUGCAGAAGCAGCUGGAUGAGGCCAAUGAGAGAGCGGAAAAGCAGCAGGCCACGAUCAAAUAUCUCAAGAUGGAGAUGGAGAAAAAGACGAAAAUCAUCAAGGAUUUGCAGCAAGAGAACAAGAGCCUGAAAAAUAAACUACUCUCAGGCAACAAACUCUGUGAUGCCUACGCAGAAGAGUCCAAAAAAAUCCAGGCUCAACUGAAAGAACUGCGGUACGGGAAAAAGGAUUUAAUUUUUAAGGGUGAGCAGCUAAUGGAUUUGGAGCACAAGUUAACUAUAGCCAAGGAAGAACUGGAGAAGACUGCACUUGACAAGGAGUCUCAAUUAAAGGCACUGAAGGAUACAGUUCACAUCUGCUUCUCAGCCGUCCUUCACAACCAGCCCAGCAGCAGCCACAGACUUCCCACAAACCCCAGCCACUUGUUCAGAUAUUCGUCACUCAUCAACAGCUCCAGAGUCACUUUUCAGCAGCCACAUGCCAAGGAUAUCUCCAAAGCUCAGAGAAUUGUCACAGCCACUAAAUCACCCAUGAACGUCGGAGUAAUGAGGAGAGAGAAUGGCAGCAUCACAGAGUGCCAGAUGGAAAAGACCGGGGGGGACUGCUUUCAGAAUCAGACGGCUGAAUCAUUUCUGGAAAGAAAAGAGCUGCCAGAACAGCACCAGCAAAGGAGCCAAGUGCAGAUUGGAAGCCUCAACACAAAGCGCUCAGAUGACAGCAAGGAAGCAGAGAGACGCAACAGCAAAAUAGACAAAGCCACAUAAAUACAACCAAGCGGACGGCAUAUCAGCCAAAUGCAGAACCCCUGCAUAGCUUGGAGGAUCUUUUUAAGAGCACACACACCGGCGCACGCACGCACACA